AGAGUGAGAACAAGAUGGAGCCAGGAGCCAGUUGACAGUAGUUUAGAAAAACAAUUAACAGUUAAUUUUAUUAAAACAAAGUACCAAUAAAUAUAUAAAAUAUAUAUAAUAAAAUGGAUUUCGAGAGCCCAGACGUCGAGAAAGAAUUUCCUGGACUCUAUGCCUCGGAGUCGGCUCGCAAAAGCAACGAGAGCGACUUCAGCGAUGACGGAAGUCAUGACAGACAUUCUAAGAAAGAAUUGUUGGGUAAAAAAAAGGAUAAAAAGGAUCGUAAGGAUCGAGGUUAUGCUACACUAGAAGGGGAGAGUUCACCUGAUGAGGAUCAAGAGACCAAAAGUCCUUCGAAAUCUAAAAAAACCAAAACAUUUAAAUUUCCCUCUAAAAAACGUGAAAAGUCUCGUGAGAAAGAAAGCAAAGAAAAGGAAACCGAUAAAGAUAAAGAUAAAGAUAAAAAAAAACGUGAUAAAGAUGAAAAGGAGGAUAAGGACAAACGUAAGGACAAGGAUAAGGAUAAAGAUAAAUUGAAAUACAAAUUAAAGGAUCGGAAGAAAAAACACGAUGAAGAUAUUGGUGAAGUCCAACCAAUUUUCGGAGUAAGUCUUCAGCUAGCGGUCGAACGAAGCCGUUGUCAUGACGGAAUAGAACUGCCUCUGGUUGUACGAAAUUGUAUCGAUUAUAUCGAAGAGUUUGGAAUGACGACUGAGGGAUUGUAUCGAGUACCUGGUGUUAAAUCAAAAGUACAACAUUUUAAAAAACUUUAUAACCAACGCGAUAAUGUGAAUACCGCGGAAUUUGAACCAACUGUAGCUACUAGUCUAUUGAUAUUAUUUUUCAGAGAAUUACCAGAAGCAGUUCUUGAAAGUAGUGAAACAAUAUCUCGUUUCGAACAAGCGGCGUCAACAAAAGAAGUAUCAAUGCGAGAGUCCCAAUUGUACCAAUUGGUCCAUCAACUUCCUGAGUGUAACCGUGUGCUCCUAGGCUGGGUUAUCUGUCACCUGGACCACGUCACAGCCCGUGAAAAAACAACAAAAAUGAACGCACAGGCAAUCGCCAUGACCCUGAGCCCAGUUUUGCAAAUGAGCCACCGGCUCUGUUUGGCUCUUCUCUGCCACUGCAAAGCACUUUUCCCUGACGUCACUCUAGAUAAAUACAUUCCGCCAUUAUCAUCUGGAAGUUUAUCUCUGCCUGAUACUCCUGAAACGAUAGCUAAAGAAUUAGCCAAACAAGAAUCUCUACUCGAGCAGAUUCACAUGCAAAUGAACGCUGGUUUCGUCACUAAAUCACGAGAAGAAAUGCUGUGGGAGGUACAGAGAAUUAUAACGCAAUUGAAAAGAAAAUUUAAAAAGGUACAAAAAUUAGAGGGUAAUCUACAAAAAAGUUUAGAUGACGAAGUUAAAUCUUCAGAUGAAAAUCAUGGGGAGGGGGGAUCAGGUACAUCAGGAGUAGGGUCAAAAAUUUUAGCAACUGGGUCAGGAACAUCAGGUACUAAUUCAGGUUCAGGUAUAUCAGGCCCAAGUUCAAUUGUAUUAGGAAUUAAUUCAGGUUCAGGUACAGGAAUUCCAAUAUCAGGUUCAGGUACAGUGACUCCAGGAUCAGGUAUUGGACUUCCAGGUCCUGGAACAUCAGGAUCAGGUAUUGAAAUAUCAGGUGCUACUACUGAAAUUUUAAAUUCAGGUACAGGAGUUUCAGUAUCAGGUUCAGGUGCAGCAUUACCAGGAUCAGGUAUAGGAAUCCCAGGUUCAGGUAUGGGAUUAUCGGGAGCAGGCUCGGGUACAGGAAUUUCAGGAUCAGGUUCAGGUACAGGAUUACCAGGACCAGGUGUUGGAAUAUCUGGUUUAGGUACAGGAAUUUCAGUAUCAGGUACAGGAACAUCAGGUUCAGGUAUGGGAAUUUCAGGGCCAGGUUCAGAUACAGGAUUACCAGGGCCAGUAAUAGGAAUGUCAGGUGUAGGUACAGGAAUUUCAGUAUCAGGUUCAGGUAUGGGAAUUUCAGGGCCGGGUUCAGGUAUUGGAAUAUCAGGUUCAGGUUCAGGAGUAUUAGGAUCAGGUUCAGGUACAGAAAUACCAGGAUUAGAUAUAAAACCUGAUGAAACAAAGGAUGUCGUUGAUUGUAAAGAAAAAAUAAAAGAAGAAGAAGAAAGUGAAGAAAAUUCACUAGAACGAAUACGUGAAAUUUUAAUCCACGAAGAAUUACUAAAUAUGGAAACUGUUUUAAGAAUGAGAAUCCAACAAGAGAGGAAUGAAAUUAAAAAAUUGAACGAAAUGAUUAUUGACAAACCCGAGAGACUCAAAGUAAAAGAAAAGGAGCGAAUUCAUUCACCCAACGAAGCUGAAAUCACCGCGAUGAUACAACUCGCUAAAGAAAAUCAACUUCUUGAGAAAAAAAUGAUGACUUUAAUCAGGAGUAUUAUCGAAGAAAAAGACGCAUGUGUUGAAUUAAGGGUACAGUUGGCGAUGCAUCAAUUGAUGAGACAAAAAUCUGUGUAAAAUUAUUAUUAUUAUUAUUUAAAUUAUUUUAAUUAAUGUUGAUUAUUUAUAAAAAAAUUUA